GAGAGGUGCAGCAAUAGUGGGAGCUGCAACAGCACUGGUAGUGGUAGUAGCAAAAUAAAAAAAAAAGACUACACACAAGUAGUCCGCAGGAAAAGUGCACCAGUAUUUUGAUUCUCAUCUAUUACCCAGCACAAUUUGCUCGACGAACAGCAAGCAUUUGUCCUUGGUCGGAACAGUCGUUCGGCCACGCAAAAGUCGAUUCCUGUGAUCCACUCCCUCCGGACAAUCGACCGUCGAACGGGCACGGGUUAACUCCCCUGAUUGGAAAAGGCUAGGGAGGAAAAAAAAGGGAAUAGAAAAAAUGAUAUUGAUUACGAAAACCGUAUGAUAUAGAUCGAGGAUCGCAACACGCUCGUGAACAGCUUCAGGUACGGCACAGUCAAGGAAUCGAUAUACAGCUCGGUGACAAUUCAUCGCUCCGCUCCUACUAAAUUUGGCUGCUGCUAAGCGCCAAAUGUGCAAGUGAUUUUCCCGUUUUUUACUCCAAGCAACACAUUAAAUAGCUCCCAGGGCCUUCGAUCAUCUGGUUUUUGCUUGAGGCACGCAAACCAUCGAGCCAAACUCAAGUAGAACCUGUUUCCAGCCGAAUGGAUGUUAUCGGACAGGACGAUCGUCCGACGGCAACGGGAACAGGCGGUAAGCUCACCAAUGGAAAUGCAACGUCGGCGGAGGAAAGCUCGACGGUGGCGGUAGCGAGCGGUGCCGGAAGACGCAAAAAGGCCAAGAGGAAAAAUAAAGCUAAAAAUAGUCAGACCGAGCCGGAGAUGACGGGCGAAACGAAUAUGACAAUCUCCGGCCCCCUAGACACGGCGAUGAUGAAACCACUGAAGGCUGUGCUAGCGAAGGACGUGCAACAGAGUGUUGCAGUGACUGUAAAUAGUAGUUGUAAUAGUAAUAGCAGUAACCAUAGCAGUAGUCAUAGUAACGGACUACCGGAGGAGCCAGUAACGUCCGUAGAUGCAAUCAGCAAGAAGCUGGAGCAAUGUGUUCAAAUCGGCCGCAAUGGCUUGACGCAUAAUGGUUUGCCAAAUCACGGUACCGUCGGAUGGCCGGAUGCUGGCAAUACACCUAGUGAUGAAACAAGUUGCGCAGAAACAUCAACGCUAGCAAAGGACAAGAAUGCGUCCGGUAGGAAAAAGCACCGUAGUAGGCAAACGAAAAAAGGACCCACAACUACAACCUGUACAGAGAACGGAACCGAAGAGAAUGAAGAAGAAGGCAAAUCUCAAACAACAUCAACUGCCUUUCAGGGAACGAGUGGUAGCGAGAAGAAUGAAUCAAACGAUGGGAGUGUUAGGAAAGAUACUAACGUGACGGAAACAACUGGCCCCGAUUCUACUUCUUCCCCGUCGGAUACAAUACUACCGGACGACAGCAAACCAGCGCUCACGCCAAUGGAAAUCACGUACCAGGUGUACGAAUCGGAACGACAAAUGCCUGCCAUUAUGGCCCUGAUUCAGAAGGAUCUAUCGGAACCGUACUCGAUCUAUACCUAUCGCUACUUCAUACACAACUGGCCAAAGCUGUGCUUCCUCGCACUGCACCGGGACACGUGUGUCGGUGCGAUCGUCUGCAAGCUGGACAUUCACCGGCAAGAAACGCGCCGCGGAUACAUUGCGAUGCUGGCAGUGGACAAGGACUAUCGGAAGCUAAAAAUCGGUACCACACUCGUGCAGCGUGCAAUACAGGCUAUGCUGGAAGAUAACGCAGACGAGGUGGUUUUGGAGACGGAAAUUACGAACCAACCGGCGUUACGAUUGUACGAAAAUUUAGGCUUCGUGCGCGACAAGCGGCUCUUUCACUACUAUUUAAACGGUGUCGAUGCGUUACGGCUAAAGCUGUGGUUCAGAUGAAUGUGCGGCCUGCACGUAAAUGGCUCCGUCUGUCCUUAUCCUUUCGUACCGUAAAAAAACCCCCGAACGGAAUUUUACCUUCCGAUGAGAAGAGACAGAAAGUAACAAAAACACGCCAAUGCAGCAAAUUGCAUGUUUGAAAAGCAGAUACGGAUGGAUUCUUAGUUGAUGGAGCGCAGUCAGAUAAGGCACGAUUAACGAUACAUUCAGUUGGUAGAGAUUUCUCAUAGUAAAAAAAAAUCCAAGGAAACAUUGUUUCCCUCUCUAGAGAAAUCAUGUAUAAAGAAAUGGCCAGAACCCUUGACAGCUUAGUUUCAGCUGUAAACGGAUACUCACUUUUUGUAAGGCUUGCUAUUAGUUGCAUGUUAUUUUGUGACAGAGUACCAUUUUUGGGCAAUAUAGUUAACGAUACGUUUUUUUUCCUUCUACACACGUAACACUACCAAAUAUUGGACCGAACAAUGUUCAGUCGGUGUUUCCUCGAGAGGAAUUCAAAAUUGUCUCGGAUCGGAUGAGGGAACCCGCUACCAAAAAAGUAAACCAAUUAUUUAUGAAAACAACAAGAACGUUUAUAAUUUUCCACAUACUCUGCUCUAUCAUAGAAGCAAUUCGAUUUGUUGGCCGCCUCAUCAUUACCACCCAACUAGGCCUACGUAGUCUUAUAUAAAGUGACUUGAUUUACCCAGCAAAGGGUUUGUCUGUCCUCCUACGACGUGAGUGAAUAAGUACGCCGAGAUAUUAAAUCGUUCGGAACGGGCCUGUGUUCUGUCUCUACGUUACCGACGUUUAGGACGACUCUACGUGCCCAAUUAUGUGUCUUCAUUGAGCAACCUAAUAGAAGGAUAUGAUGUUUGCUCUACUAAUACUACUGACUGAUUCGGCACCCGCUUUUAGUACUUCCUGUGUAAUGUGUCUUUUCUUUGUGCAAACUGUAAUUUGCCAAAAAAUGGAAACAAACAUAAUUAGCACAAAUAAUUUAUUACGAAUGAAUGAAACGUGAGCAAACGGAUAUGCACCGCAAAAAAAAACGAAAAGCUGUACACAGCACCUGUAAUCUUUGUUUUGUAAUAUAUAGUAUUGCGUAUAGAUAUAUCUAUAUAUGUGUGUGUGUAUUUAGCGUUUGUUGGAUUGUUUUUAGUUCUCACGUGCGGUGUGUAUUGUGUGCUUCCAACAUUAAGAAUGGUCACACGGGCACGACGAUUGAAUGUGUAAAAUUGUUUCGUUCGGUGAAUUUGUGGCAAAUGUUGGUGUGUAGUUUUGGUUUGUCCUCAAAUGUGAACAGUUAACAUGUAAACAUGGCGUGGAUGAGGUUCCCUUUACUUUCCUUCUCCCCAACAUGUGUAAAUUAAUUUUUAUUCCAUUACACGGUACAGAGAUUUCAGAUUUCGGCUGAGGUUUACUAAGGAGCGGGAUGGGAAGGAACGGGCAAAAUGUGUAGGCUAGUAGUAGUGGAUGCUUUAGGUGUCCAGCAACUCGUAUGUCCAAGAGUGUCGCGGUUUUUGUUUGUAGGGUAGAAAGGGUGAAAUUAUAACAAAAUAAAAAAAAAGAUAAGAAAAGCGUACGCGAAUACGAAAUCCGAAAAACGAUUUCGCAUUGUAAAUAUAACGGUGUAAGUAAGAUCAUUGAUGAAAGCAUUUGGGCGAAGGAAACAAACAAACAAAAAAAAUUCAAUAAAAUCAAACAACACAACGUGGGGGGGGGGAUCGUUCGGUUGUGGAAUAUAGUGAAGCAAAACCGACGCAGUGGCGGAUAAAAUUAUUACACUUUUUUUUCUUUUAUUCAACACUUUAAAGAUCUUCUUGUUAAUACUUAUUCGCUAAAUAUUCCUUCGAUUUUAUCUGUUCCA